AUGUCAGGCUUGGACGUCGAGGCCCUCCUUGACUCGACUGCCUCCUCCAAGGAGCAGAACAGCAAGGCAACAGCUAAUGGGAGCUCGCCCCAGGCAGGAAGCCGCAGCGAGCGAUACGAGCGCGACCACGAGCGUGACCGCGGCCGUGAUCGCAGCCGCGACGGCGACCGAGACCGCGACCGGGCUCGAGACGGACACAAGCGUCGCGAUCGCAGCGGAGGCCGCUACCGGGACUCUUCUAGUGGACGAGACACCCCCAAGAGCGGGACUGGAAGUCAUAAGAGUAGGCGUAGGAGCCGGAGCCAUGAUUCUGGUCGACACUCACGUCGUCAUAGAGCCGACGGAGACUACUACCGGGGAAGCAACCGCGGUGGCCGCGGCGGCCGUUCACGUUCUCGCUCGCCAGCCCGUUCCUACCGCCCUUCCGGAGACGACCGUCGUGGCUCGCGUGAUGAGUAUCGCCGCCGCGAUGACGACCGUCGAAGCCGCAGGCAUAGCACGCCUCGCGACCCGACCCCUACCGGCGACGAGCGCGAUCGCCGUACCGUCUUUGUCCAGCAGCUAGCCGCCCGCCUUCGCACCCGCGAGCUCAAGGAAUUCUUUGAAAAGGUUGGCCCCGUGGCUGAGGCGCAGAUUGUCAAGGACCGCGUCAGCAACCGUAGCAAGGGAGUUGGCUAUGUCGAGUUCAAGAAUGAAGAAUCAGUCGCUGCAGCCCUCCAGCUCACUGGUCAAAAGCUCCUAGGUAUCCCCGUCAUUGUCCAACUCACCGAGGCUGAGAAGAAUCGCCAAGUGCGCAACUCGGAGUCGUCUGGAAAUCACCCCAACUCGAUCCCCUUCCACAGACUGUACGUGGGAAACAUCCACUUCAGCAUCACUGAGCAGGAUCUUCAGAACGUCUUCGAGCCCUUUGGCGAGCUCGAGUUUGUGCAGCUGCAGAAGGACGACAACGGUCGUAGUCGGGGCUAUGGCUUCGUCCAGUUCCGCGACGCUACGCAAGCCCGGGAAGCCCUGGAGAAGAUGAACGGAUUUGACCUGGCCGGUCGUCCGAUCCGUGUGGGACUUGGAAAUGAUAAGUUUACCCCAGAGUCAACCGCCAAUCUCUUACGCGGAUUCCAAGGCCAGAAUCAACAGUAUCAGGGAUCUGCUUUCUCGGGAGCCGGCGGCAGAGGCCCCCCGACCUCCAACUUUGACCGGGCCGGCGGCAGAGACAAUGACAAGGGCGCCGGCGCCAGCGCCUUGGACGACACGGAUGUUGCUGGCGUUAACUUCAACAAUUAUAGCCGAGAUGCCCUCAUGCGCAAGUUGGCAAGAACUGACGAGCCAAACAACGGCCCUAUUGAGCGACAGGUUCUCAAACCCAAGACCGAGACGAAACCGCUUCCUGUCAACGUCAACAUGGCGAGUCGCUGCGUGGUUCUGCAUAACAUGUUUGACCCAGCCGAGCAAGAAGGCGAGGAUUGGAUCAAGGAGCUGGAGGACGAGGUUCGUCAAGAGGCCGAGGAGAAGUACGGCCAUGUUGUGCACAUCGCACUCGACCCCAACUCUCAGGGCGAUAUCUACCUCAAGUUCGACAAAGUCCAGGGCGGCGAGAAUGCCAUCAAGGGCCUGAACGGCCGCUAUUUCGACGGAAGGAUGAUCUCUGCUGCUCCGGUUGUGGACGCGGUCUACAGCAGUUUGUUCUCUCGCACCAAGGCGAUCUAG